AUGGCUUCUCGGAUUUCUCUUGCGCGCCUUUCGGGCUUGUCGGCUGUGGCCAGGACAACACCUCGGGCAUCUACUCAGGUCCGCAACCUCAAGGGGUUGUCCACUCUGACGCGCACAAAGGCGUCGCCUCGUUCGGCCUCUGGUCUGCUCCAGGUUUCGUCCCGCCUCAAUGCGUCGCUCAACAUGGCUCCUCUGGGAGGCCACCAGCUCCGAACCUAUGCCGACUCCAUCGUCAAGGUUCCCCAAAUGGCCGAAUCGAUUACAGAGGGUACCCUGAAGCAGUUCUCAAAACAGGUUGGAGAUUACGUCGAGCGUGAUGAGGAAAUCGCGACUAUCGAAACCGACAAGAUUGAUGUCUCGGUCAAUGCUCCGGAAUCUGGUACCAUUAAAGAACUUCUCGUGAACGAGGAAGAUACUGUUACAGUUGGACAGGAUAUCAUCAAGCUGGAGCUCGGCGGUGCCCCCGAAGGAAAGAAGGAUGAGGGCGCGGAAAAGCCCAAGGAGGCCGAGUCUAAGGAGUCUUCUCCUGCUCCCGCUGAGACUGAGAAGCCCAAGGAGACUCAGGCCUCCAAGCCUGCUCCUUCAUCAGAGAAGCCCAAGGAGGCUCCCGCGAAGAAGGAGUCACCAAAGCCACAAGGCGCCGCUGAGUCCAAGCCUGCCCUCGGAAGCCGCGAGGAACGCCGGGUCAAGAUGAACCGUAUGCGUCUGAGAAUUGCUGAGCGCCUGAAGCAGUCCCAGAACACUGCUGCUUCUCUCACCACCUUCAACGAGGUCGAUAUGUCCUCUCUCAUGGAAUUCCGGAAGCUGUACAAGGAUGAUGUGCUCAAGAAGACCGGUGUUAAGCUGGGUUUCAUGAGCGCCUUCUCCCGUGCCUGCGUGCUCGCUAUGAAGGACAUCCCCGCCGUCAAUGCCUCGAUUGAGGGCCCCAACGGCGGUGACACCAUUGUCUACCGUGACUACGUUGACAUCAGCGUUGCUGUUGCCACUGAGAAGGGCCUCGUCACUCCUGUUGUCCGCAACACCGAGGGCAAGGACCUUGUCGGAAUUGAAGAGGCGAUUGCCGAGCUUGGCAAGAAGGCUCGCGACAACAAGCUGACCAUUGAGGAUAUGGCCGGUGGUACCUUCACCAUCAGCAACGGUGGUGUCUUCGGCUCCCUGAUGGGCACACCCAUUAUCAACCUUCCCCAGACUGCCGUCUUGGGUCUUCACGCCAUCAAGGAUAAGCCUGUCGCUAUCAAUGGCAAGGUUGAGAUUCGCCCGAUGAUGUACCUCGCUCUCACCUACGAUCACCGUCUUCUGGAUGGUCGUGAGGCUGUUACUUUCCUGGUCAAGGUCAAGGAGUACAUUGAGGACCCCCGGCGCAUGCUGCUUGGCUAG